AACUGCUUAAUGUUUGGCGCCAUGAUGUGACGUCGAUUGUUGUUACUCCAUCUGCACUCAUGAUCGGCCGUCAUACAAGGGAAACAUCACGGAUAUGAUGCUAACGCAAAAUGUUGUGAAGGAAUAACCACCUUUUCUAUAUAAAGUGUGUGGAGUACAGCCAUGGGUAGAAUGAACACUGAAUUGGUCUUUGAGUUGACCUAUUACCCUGUGGUCAUCCUGACCUUUUGUGUGGUUGUAUACCUGUACAAAAAGGUCUUUCCAUUGAUAUCUCCAAAGCUGUCCAAGUCCUACACAACUCUUUCUAUAGAAGAUCAGAAUGAAUGGAAUGCUAGAAUGAUGUCAUCCUUCCACGCUACUGUUGUCAGUGUAAUAUGUAUAUAUACUCUACUGUAUGAUGAGGAGGUCUACAACGAUCCUAUAUGGUGUGAUCGCCCAUUGAUAAGAAUAAAUUGUGCCAUUCUAACAGGAUUUGUGAUAGCAGACUCCAUUCAAAUGAUGAUAGAUUCACCACAGAAUAUGGAAACCAUCAUGUACUAUUGUCAUCAUGGGUCUGCAGCUUAUGCCUACUAUUAUGUCUUUAGUUAUGGUGUUCUGUCCUACUUUGCCAACUACAGAAUUAUGGCAGAAUUUUCAACUGUAUUUGUUAAUCUCAGAUGGUUUUUCGAUAAAGUUAAUGUAGACAAAACCAGUACAUUAUUCAUCGUGAAUGGCUGUGUGAUGACCUUCAUCUUUGUCUCUGCUCGGGUGUUGUCCAUGCCCAAGUUUUGGUAUACUAUCUAUAUUUAUAUUGGGUCGGAAGAUUUUGCAAUUUUAGGAAUAAUAGCAAAAGUGAUGAUAAUCAGCUGUCUAGUGCUAGACAUUCUAAAUAUUAAGUGGAGUAUACGCAUGCUGAAAGGUGCACACAAAGUAGUACUGGCUAAGUUUGACAAAAAUAAAAAUGAAGUCAGCAAAGCGCAAAAGAGCGAGAAACAGCAAUGAAGAAGAUACAACGUUGGUCUUUCCUAACUUUUGAUUAGUUGAUUUUGUUACAUUCUCCUUCAUGGGAUGAUAUUUUGUUUUCAGCAAAGGUGCUUUUAAUUGUUAUCAUCAAUAUGUCAAUGCAAAUGCACUCUAAAAAUUGGUUGACAAGUUAUGUUUGUCAUGUGUUGGGUAGCCAAUAUUCUGUACUGUUUACACGGUAAAGAUUAUAUUCAAUAUUUGGUACACUGUAUGGAGAAGUACCCAAUAUUUUGUUCUCUAUGGAUUGGUUGUGUGAAAAUCUAGUUUAAAACCUCAAUUUCGGAUAUAACAAUUAUGGAAUAGGAAUUUUAGUCUACAUACUAUCAUCAGAUGGUGUGUUUAUUAAAUCGCUCUUCGUCUGGCAUCUGGCCAUCCAACUGUCCCUUACCAAUUAUUGGUAUCACUAUUUCUGUAGAAGCGCUCAAUCAUUAUCAAAUUUCAUAGUAUGUAGUUUCCCACUGGUCCCUAGUUGUGCAUGAUUAAUUAUAAAACUUAUCAGAAUUCCAGUAUGACUAACAGGCUGCCAUUUCGAAAUAUGACAAUUCCAGUAUGACUAACAGGCUGCCAUUUUGAAAUAUAUGACCGUUGAAGUUUGUUAUUGCUAUUGCUCAGAAAAUUCUUUUUCAAAUUUCACCUGUAAGUUCCUCUCGGUCUGUCAUUGUGCAUGUUCUAUCUAUUAGACCGAUCUUGAUGUAUAUUUGAUAUGUAGUUUCCUCUUGUUUUGAAAUGAAUAAGAGGAAGAAGAGAAAAUCAGAGAAAAGAUCAGUCUUACAGAGAUCCAAUAUGUCAUUUGAUGAUGGGUACCAAGAUCCCUCUUGGAUAUCUUGUUAUUUAUUAAUUGUUUUGAGUGUAUAACAUCAGUACACAGCAAAGUAUUUUUUGUUUAUAUUUACAUUGUAAGUGACAGUAUGCCUCAAAACUUUUUAUCACUUUAAUUCAACUGAAAUCAUGUAUCAAUGAAACCUAAUAUAAGUCCCUUUUAUUUGAAUUUAGAAAACUUAAUUAAAGUGUACAAUAAUGACUCUGUGUAUGAUGUCAUGGGUCCUAUUUGUCUUGUGAUGAAAUUAAUAUGUUGGCUGCAGAUUGUUUUGUCUGUGAUGUGGUAAUUAACCCCUGAAAAGUGAAUGAUGUAAUCUGUCACAAUGGGAUUACACCUGUUGGUGACAGUGAGGACUCAGUACACUUUGCUGGAUAUAACUGCAUACAUCAGUCUAAUCCCCACUUUGCAAGUUAAACCUGUUGAUGAAAAUUCAACGUAUCACUUAAAAGGUUUUUAUCAAACAUUUUGGAAACAUUUUUCCUGGAACUGUGUUAUUUUAGAUGAAUUCAUCAACCUUUAAUAAUUUAUAUUUUAAUAAUGUUAUGAAAAUACACACUUAUCUGAUACACAGCCAUUUUUUCUGGAGUUUUGAUAAACACUUUGCUUUUAUGGUAAAUGAUUUUGAAGUAGGAUACAUUUGAUAUAUUCACCCAGUAUAAACUUAAUAAUUCUUUUACAAGAUAAGGAUGUAAAUGACCACUUUAAUAUUGCAGUGUUCCUGUGUAUGUAUUUUAUUUACCCUUUUAUAUAUAUAUAUAUAUAUAUAUAAUUCCACCUUGCAAUACAGCCUACAUGUCUAUUUGGCCAGCUUACCUACCACAGCAGUACCCCAAUACCUGCUUAAUGGGAUAUGAAACAAGAAAUGCUAUCACUAGAGUUACUCCCCCUGAAAUAGCUCAUUAGUUUCAUUGUACAUAUGACAUGAUUAACAUUCCAGUCAGUAGUUUACAUUCUUCUCUUCACGUCCCUGUGAUUAAAUUGUAGUGAUGCUAUAUUAGUCUGUUGAUUCUCUUCAUGUCCCUGUGAUUAAAUUGUAGUUAUGAUAUCCUUAGUCUGUUGAUUCUCUUCAUGUCCCUGUGAUUAAAUUGUAGUGAUGGUAUCUUAGUCUGUUCAUUCUCUUCAUGUCCCUGUGAUUAAAUUGUAGUGAUGCUAUAUUAGUCUGUUGAUUCUCUUCAUGUCCCUGUGAUUAAAUUGUAGUUAUGAUAUCCUUAGUCUGUUGAUUCUCUUCAUGUCCCUGUGACUAAAUUGUAGUGAUGGUAUCUUAGUCUGUUCAUUCUCUUCAUGUCCCUGUGAUUAAAUUGUACUGAUGGUAUCUUAGUCUGUUGAUUCUCUUCAUGUCCCUGUGACUAAAUUGUAGUGGUGGUAUCUUAAUCUGUUAAUUCUCUUCAUGUCCCUAUGAUUAAAUUGUACUGAUGGUAUCUUAGUCUGUUGAUUCUCUUCAUGUCCCUGUGACUAAAUUGUAGUGGUGCUAUCUUAAUCUGUUGAUUCUCUUCAUGUCCCUGUGAUUAAAUUGUAGUUAUGAUAUCUUAGUCUGUUGAUUCUCUUCAAGUCCCUGUGACUAAAUUGUGCUGAUGAGAUCUUAGUCUGUUGAUUCUCUUCAUGUCCCGGUGAUGUAGAUCUAGUCUGUUACUUCUCUCCUUGUUCUAGUGGUAGUAAUGAAAUCCUAGUGGUGUACAUUUGUAUUUCCCUUUUUGUCUCUGUAAUUUCAUAUGGUGGUGAUGAAAUCCUAGUGGUGUAGUACUUCUCUUCACGCUCUGUGAUUUAAUGGUGGUAAUGAAAUCCUAGUGGUGUAGUACUUCUCUUUAUGUGUCUGUGAUUUAAUGGUGGUGAUGAAAUCCUAGUGGUGUAGUACUUCUCUUUAUGUGUCUGUGAUUUAAUGGUAGUGAUGAAAUCCUAGUGGUGUAGUACUUCACUUUAUUUCUCUCUGAUUUGCAUCAUGAUUGCUGUGAAGUGUUGUCAAUUAAGCAUAUCUAUCGUCUUUAUUGUUGGCUAGCUAUAUACAGUCCUUAUGAUUUGUAGCUGUAGAUUCUUUACUCAGCUGAUUCCAGUGUAUUAGGAAAUCCUUACCCUUUUAAUGGAUUCUGUUGACUUUUAUCAGUGUUUAAACGUUGUGGGCUUAUCAAUGUAAAACUUAAAAUAUCCUCAUUUCUCCAUCCACCGAUUAUAUAAAUACCAUCAGAAUGAAUAGCAGAUUUUAAUUAAUCUUAUAAUAUUCUGACUGCUUUUCAACAGAAAAACUUUAAUGUAUGACUGUGAUAAUAUUUUGUUAAUAUGUUUGACAGCUGUUCAUGAGAGUAAAACCUGUAAUUUACUAGAUUAUUUUUGGUGUAUUGUCCAGCUGUUCACAAGAAAAUAAGCUGUAAUAUACCAGAUUAUUUUUUGUGUAAAACGUAUUUGCAAGCUGUUCACACCAAAAUAAGCUGUUAUUUACCGGAUUAUUUUUGGUGCGUUGGCCAGCUGUUCAUGAGAUUAAAACCUGUAAUUUACCAGGUUAUUUUAGGUGUAUUUGCCAGCUGUUUGUGAGAAUAUAAACUGAAAUUUAUUAGAUUAUUUUUGGUGUAUCGGCCAACUGUUCAUGCGAAUACAGCCUGUAAUUUGCUUUAUUUUGGCAGUAAUUAUUCCAUAGACAAUAUGUGUAAGACUGAUCACUGAUCAACCUUACAUUAUGGACCUGUAUCCAGUUAAACCUGAUGUUAAAGAGGACGUUAAGCAAUUUUAGGCCACCUGAGAUGAAGUCUCAAGUGACAUAUUCUUAUCACCUUUUGUCUCUUUUCUUCCGUACAUAAACAAUUGACAUUUUCAACUUCUCCGUUACCACUGAACCAAAUUCAAAUUUGGCAGGAAACCUCAACUUGUGAAUUAUAUGGUCCUCAGCCCCAGGGUCCUGAGAGAAGGGGACAAAAGGGUCAAAUUGACUACAAAUUUCAAAAAUCUUCCUCUCCACUCCAAGAUAUGAUAGAAUCAAGUACAUUGUACAUACUCUUCACAGAUUGGAAAUUCUGAAGGUCCUUUAUCAAUAUUGUGAAUUUCAUGGCCCCGAGGUCUCACAUUUCGCCCUUGGGAUGGGGUAAAGUUUACUAUGGUCUAUAUUGGGGAAACACAUUUUUGAGUAUUUGUUCCUAUUACCAAAGGAAGUUAUCAGUAUUGGAUGUCAGUUGAAUAGCAUGCGCAUAUUGGUACUGACUGACCCCCUGGGCUUAAGGGGCGGGGCCAAACAUGGUCACAAAUUUCAAAAAUCUUCAUUACAAGACCCAAAUAAGGAAGAAAAACAAGUACUCUUCAUAGGAAGAAGAGUCUUGAGGUGCUUUAACAAAAUAGUGAAUUUCAUUAUCUUUGGGUCUAUUUUUCCCCGCUGGAGAGGCGGCAACUUUACCAUAGUCUACAUAGGGAAAUCACAUCAUUUGUUUUAUUUCUAUUGGAAUUCAUGAUCAUUCUAACUUGGUUUCCAUUAUCAGCAUGGGAUAACAGUUUGAUGGUACAUGUGUGGGGCCAGAAGGGUCAAAUCAAUUGAAAUUAAAAAAAAAAAAAAAAAAAAAAUCAAGACCCAAGUAAGGUAGAAUCAAAUACUUUUCAUAGAUAGAAGGUUAUUCAUGUGCUUCGCACAAAAUUUGAAUUUCAUGACCCUGGGGUCUCAACAUUUGCCCCUGGGAGGGGUAAAGUUUACUAUAAUUUACAUAUUAGGGAAAUCACAGUUUAAUUUGACUAUCAUUAUUGAAUUUCGGUUGCAAUACUUCCAAACUUGAUUCAAAUUAGCUAGACGAGAUGACAUUUUGAUGGUAUGCACCUGUUGGCCCAACUGCCUCCAAGGGCUGAUUUGCAGGGUCAAAAAGGGUCAGAUUAACUGAAAUUUCAAUUAUAGUCUUCGUCUGAAAACACAAAUAAGGUAGAAUCAAAUACUCUUCAUAGAUGGAAGGGUCUUAAGGUGCUUUACCAAAAAUGUGAAUUUCAUGACCCUUGAGUCUCAUGUUUGCCUCUGGGGAGGAGGUAAACUUUACUAUACUUUAUAAAGGGAAAUCACAUUUUUGAGUAUCGUUUGCUGGGUUUCUUUUGGAAUUUAUUCUAACUUGUUUUGGUUUUUUUUAUUAAUUUUUGAAGGCAGUUUGCAAAUGUUGGCCCAACUGAUCCCCAGGGGCUGAUGGGCGAGGUCCAUUUGACAGAAAUAUUUCAAAACUCAGGUGACCAUUAAGGGCCUCUCGUUACUUAUAGUUAAUGUUUUGAAGAUAAAGAAACAUCAUUCUAAUAACUUAAAUAGGGCUUGAUAAUUAACAUGUUAACAGUUUUAAGAUGGUGUAUUGUUUUAUUUAUGAUUUCAGGAUAUUUACUUCUUUCAUGAUAGGAUACUCAACAUUAUUCAACCACAGUUCUGGCCAUUCAACUGUAAAUUCUCAGAAAUAAUAUAUAUAUUUUUUUUUUAUAUAUUCUUAAGUACAGGGCCUACUGCUUAAUAUCUAGAUGAACUUGAAUAAUCAAUUGAAUGUUUAUUAAUAAGUUCUCAAUGUUUAAGUGAUAUUUUUUGUUAUAUUGGUGGCAAUCAGAAAUGAAUGUACAUGUACUUUGCUAGUGUUAUAUCAAUAAUGGCAUAAACAUGUAUACAUACAUUCAUACUAGUCAUAGUUUAACUAAAAUGUAUCCAUAAUCAAAAUUGAAUCCUGCUAAAAUCAUGUAUUUCUACUAAAAGCGAGUUUCUCUCUCAGAGAGUUAUUCCCCUUUAAGUUUUAUCUGACAUUGAAUUUUUCACAUCAAUACUGAUUUUAAACAAUAAUAUCUAAUAUGAUAUGAAUUUUAAGGACUAUUUAUACAUUUGCAUUUAUUGUUAUUUAUCUAGAUUAAGAUAAUUAACUCGCUUGAAAGAAAUGAUUGCUUGAUUUAUGAAUAUACCUCUACAUUAGUGUCCAAAUGCCCCAUCCUAAUUUUACUCAAAUGAGUAGCGGCUCCGUUUUUCAUCACACCUAGAUCAUUUUAAAAACAUUCUUAAAAUUACAAGUUAUUGUUAAUUACCCUUGGUAUGAAUCACAUGACAGACAUUAGUUAUACUUGGACUGUUCUUGUUUGGAUUAUUUUGGUAUUAACUGUAGAUAUGAGUUUGGUAUUACAUGUGAUCAUUAACUCUUCCCCACCUCAACAUCCUCAUACUGAGAGCUGGUGUUUGCUUUAUUAGGAUAUUUGUUUGAUUCUAGUCACCCGUCACAUCCAGAUGACAAUGAAGGUUCCUCAGUAAAAUCAGCAUUGUUUUUCUACAUGUUAGUUGUUGUCUUGUGUCUAAUGUCCAUGCUAUUUAUAGCAGUUAUCAAUUUUAUGAUUGACAGGAGUUUACAUAUCCAGUGUAUACCUUAUUUGUCUCCAAGAAAAAAGUACACCUGUUAAUACUGCUGUGUGUAUAUGUAUGACCCCGCCAAAAAUUGAUGUUUGAUUGAAUUUAGUGAUGGCAUUAUUACAUGUAAUCUAUUUGUGACAAUCAUUCCCCAUUUUUUUUGGUAGCCUUUCAAAAAGGCAUAGGUAUUUAUGUUCAGAUGUAAAAAUUAAUGUCAGGCAAUUCAUUUAAUUAAAUCCCUACAGAAAUAAGACUUGUGAUUAUCCUAACCUGGCUAGUCUUGUAUAACCACCGAACAUGCUUAUGUAUCAGAUCCACAUCUGUGACGCAGCCUUGUCAGUUGAACACCAUUAGGUUGUCAUAUCAGACAUACAAAUAAAUAUAAGGUACAAUGUACAUAUCAUAAAUAAAUAUUAAAUAGAUAAAUGUAAGGAACAUAUCAGCUCUUUUUUGCUUUUACAGACUCAACAAUAUGACCCUUUUACCAUAGUGUUAACGUUAUGUAGCACACACUACAGAUAUUUUCUUGUAUAGUUUAUGCUUGCACCUUAUUUCAUAUUUUAUCGUUCAAGAUUCCACUGCAUCAAAAGAUGCAUUUUAAUUGAUGGUAGAUUCAGUGUUGUUUGUUUUGAUAUACACUGUUAGGUGAAUUGAUUAGAUAUUCACAUUUUUUUUAAAAGUAUUAUUGACAUGAUUAUGUUUCAUUUUGUCUCAAAAGCAAACAGAUUUAAAGUUUUGAACAUGUCGCUUUUUGUGGUGAUAUGCAUUAAAAAAAACUCCAUCUUGUGGCAGACGCGUCAAGUUUAGUAUAAUAGGACAAAGUGUUUUCAAAUGCUAAGUUUUUAAUUGUUAACUAGCUAGCAUAUAAUAUUAAUAUUUAUAGUUUUGCAAAUUUUGUAUUCCAACAUAUUUACUAAUGCAUUGCUGAUAUUUAUGAGAACAGCAAAAUGCCUUUGGUUCUGGGAAAUAACUAUAUCACUUAAUGUGGAGAAUUAUAGCCAUAAGUCAGAUGGGGCUGAUAGUGAUUUUAAAUGGCCCCAGAUUGUCUUUGAAGGAAGGCGUGUUGAUAUCUACUUUGUGUUAUUUAUGUUUGAAGAUUGUGUUACAUUGUAAUUUGUUGGAUGUUUUACACCUCAAUUUGUUUUGUUUGAAGAAGACUUUUUUGUCAGAUUUACAUUUAAUAUAUAACCACAUUUAACUUCCUGACUGGAUUGAGAGAGUUGUAAAGUAAUAUUAACAUAUGGCUUCAUUUAGUAAUGAAAACAUUCGUUUGGUUGUUAGAAACAUGUCAAGUUAAGUUGAUUAUAACAUAAUUCCUGUGUAUAUCUUAUGUAAAUAUGAAAGUGUUUGGAUUUUUUUUAAUCAGUGUGGCAUUGUAGUCAAUGUUGAGUUUCAAACCUGCUUUAAAUUAUUGUUUCACUUUUCUUUGUGAUAAAAAAAUUAGUAUGUUAUUAAAUGCAUGCUGACUUGUUACUGUUUGUGUGAGAGGGUGAUUAUGAUUUCAUUUAACUGUUUAAAAACCAAACUUCGACCAAUUGUAUUGUUUUAUUGUUUACUUUUCUUUAGUAAAUUUUCUUAUCAAUUUCAUUAUGCAACAUUUUACGUAAAUUGAACUUUGAUAGCAUUAGCAUACGUUGUUUUUAUUCUAGUUUUAAUGCACCAGUUCAUUUUUAGCUCACCUGAAGGGCUGUUAUAAUUACUUAUGGUAUGGCGCUACGUCUGUCGCUUGUCUGUUAACUUCUCCUAAAAAUCUCUGAUAGUCCUGGACAAGUCCAUGGAUUUUGACCAAUUUUGGCGUGAAGCAUCCUUGGGUGAAGUGGAAAUGUACAGUUGACCCUCCGGGGCCUGAGGGGCAGCACCAAAUAUGGGUGAUAUAGCAAUUAAAACCUCUGAUGAAAUUAAAGGAUUUGGUCUGAAUCAGGGAACCAAUUUUGUAUAAACAGUGCAUCUGACCCCAUAGGGAUCUCAAGGGUAGCUAGGGUCCCCCAUGGGCCUGAGUGGCAAUAUAGAAUUUUCUUUGAAGCCCUUCCGUUUCAGUAGAUAAUCUGCAAUAAUUGCCGCAAUACCCAGGUGGGUGAUACAGGCUCUCUGGGCCUCUUGUUUACUUUGUUACAUGGAAAUAUGAAAUAUCUUCCAAUCUGUGUUAGACACAAUGUAUUGAAUUAGUUUAUUUGGUUUGUCUGGUUAUAGCAGAGGUUGUAAACAAUAGUGUAUCCUGUCUAUUACCGAAAACUCGAAUUCUACAAAUCAUAUAUACACUGUUAUCCUCAGUUUGACAAAGUCAAAGGUCCAUUACCAGUACAUGUACAUUUCAUGUAGUGUUUUGGAGGGGUUAUUUAGUCUGUUCAUUACUUUACCCUGGUGCGGGGUAGGGGCUUGUACGUGGUAUAUCCAGAUGAUUUGGUUGUCUUCGUAAUACAAAAUGGUCCAGUGUCAUCUCCAAAUAUAUGUCUGGUGACUAUACCAGAACCACAAUUUUGUCAUUAUUUUGUGCCCAUUUUAAUUUAUGAUUAACUUUGAUAGCAAUAAAGUUACAAUGCUGGGGAUGUUUCUUUCACAAAUGAAACGGUAUUUUUCAAAGUAAGGAAUGGAAUUAAAUCAAGAUAUCUGUCAGUCAUUAGCCUCAGUGCUUGUCUGUAUUCUAUACAUAUGCUACACUGUACAUCAGAAAUAUCCCCCACUUGGUUCCCAUCAGAGACAUACAUGUUGAUCCAAAUAACACACAUGUUCUUAUAUAAUUAUAACAUAAUUUGAUAUUGUUGGUACACAAGAGUAAAAUCUUAAUUUAAGCACGGUAAACACAUUAUCACCAACACUUAAAUGCAUUAAAACUUGUUUAUUGACUUCCUCUUGUACAAUUGUUCUUACAUGUGAUUUUAAUAUUUCCAUUGGAGUUUAUCUACAGUCGAUGUUAUCAUUAAACCAUCUACACAGGUCUUGGACCUUUUUACUGGUGUAUAUUAUUUUUAAUGUGUUGGUUACUGUUACUUUAAUAAAUCAGGAUGAAAAAAUGCA